AGUCGGGGCGAAGGAACUGGAAGGUGUGUUUUCUGUCGCGAGCUUUGGGAACAUAAGGGGAUGCACUGGUUAUUUUAUGCUGUAUAGGAUGAGUAGAAACAACACUAGCGUCACAAAAUUAGCGUGAAAUGAUAUUUGAUAUACAUAGAUGAGCUAGUAUUCUGGUAAACAGGCGUUUUAAGAAUUCACUUUCUUGCAUUACUUGUUUUUAAGUAGGUAGGUCUAUAUAAAAAUAAUACUUACUCACUCGAGUGGACAAUAUCACAACAAGUACGAACAUAAGAUAUCAUGCCGAUGGCUUUUUUGUGUGUGAAAAAGUCUCCUUUUUCAGGCCCUUGCCUAUAGCAAACAAACAUGCACCACAAGCAAACCUUAGAGAGAAAAUGGUUUCGAUUACCGCUAUCGAAAAGAGGAUGCUGGCGCAUUACGGAAGGUGCAACUCAUUCAACGAUAAAUUCAACAGAGGGCCUCAGUUCCUUUUAAUUAGUUUUCGAAUUAACGAUCUGGGGAGAGGAUACAGUCACGGUGGGGACGAUUUGGUGAUUCAGGUGAAUGGUGACUGGUGAUCAUUCAUCUUUUCACUUAUUGCGGAAACAACUGAGCGUAAUAUUGAGCGUUGCUUAUUGAAGAUAAAUGCGAAUACGAAAUCUGGAGUGACGAAGUAAGGUGACCAUUGCUGAGAAGAGGACACUGAUCGUGAUGAAAGUGGGCGAGGCAGAGUUGAUGUAAGCAUCGCAAGAUUUACGCCACAACACUGGCGUAGAAAACGUCAGUUAAAAUCGUAGAGUGGUGAAGUAAGCGAGUGUUUUCUGCGUGUGAAAAUUUUGAAGCAUCAGUGAUUGAAAGGAACGUAAACUUUGUGAAGAGAUCAUACUCUCGAAUUAAAACGAUCGAAAACCAGCGAAUAGCAAAGCCCCCACAUCACCCAUCUUUCAAGAGGAGCUCUUCAUCCCAACUACGUCAUUUGACGUCAUCCGUAUACCACAAUGGAGAAAUACGAGAGUUUGGGUGUAGUCGGCGAAGGGUCGUAUGGAAUCGUCAUGAAAUGUAGGCAUAAGGAGACUGGGCAGAUCGUCGCCAUCAAGAAGUUCAUGGAAGGAGAUGAAGACGCCCAAGUGAAGAAAAUCGCUAUGAGGGAGGUGCGAAUGCUAAAGCGUCUUCGUCACGAGAAUCUGGUCAACCUCCUGGAGGUAUUCCGUCGAAAGCGCCGCCUCUGCCUCGUGUUUGAGUUCGUUGAGAGUACCGCUCUGGACCUGCUGGAGGCCCGAUCCAGUGGAGGUCUGGAUCCAGAGGCGGUCAGGAGUUAUACGUUCCAGCUGCUGAGGGCACUGGAAUUCUGCCACGCCCAAAAUAUCAUUCAUAGAGACAUCAAACCAGAAAACGUCCUGAUCUCCGGUCUGGGAGUGCUGAAGCUCUGCGACUUUGGCUUUGCGCGACCUCUAGCGGGUCCCGGUGAAAACUGUACUGACUAUGUCGCCACUAGAUGGUACAGGGCUCCGGAGCUACUGGUUGGAGAUACACGCUACGGACGGGAAGUAGACGUGUGGGCGGCAGGAUGUCUGUUCUCCGAGAUGCUGACAGGAGACCCCCUGUUUCCCGGCGAUAGUGAUAUUGAUCAACUCUACCAGAUCAUUCAGACAACAGGUCCCCUCUCGAAGGCCCACCUGGAGCUGCUGACCCACAACCCGGCCAUGUCGGGUCUCCGACUGAGUCCGGCCGUGCGGCCACGGUUCGCCGUGAAGUUCCCGAGCUGGCCCCAACUGCAGGUGGCGUUUCUUCAG